GUGUAACGGCAUGACAUGACACCACUUCUUCAUAGUAUAAAGAAGCAUCAUCUCAGUGCAUCAUGCAUCAUGCAUCAUCCUAUCACUAUUACUGUUUACAUGAUGAUGAGACCCAUGAGAGUUGGGUUAGCAAUGGCACUGCUCAUGACUAUAACCGUUCUUACCAUAGUCAUAGCACAGCAAGAGGACCAGCAACCACCUCCACCGAUGUUGCCAGUGGAAGAAGUGGGAAUGUGCAGCAGAACAUUCUUCUCGGCUCUGGUUCAGCUGAUACCGUGUAGAGCAGCAGUUGCUCCUUUCAGCCCAAUCCCACCAACCGAGUCGUGUUGCUCGGCGGUUGUCACACUUGGUCGUCCUUGUCUUUGCCUCCUUGCCAAUGGACCUCCACUCUCAGGCAUUGACCGCUCCAUGGCUCUCCAGCUUCCUCAGAGAUGCUUUGCUAAUUUCCCUCCAUGUGAUGUCAUUAACUAGAAGUCCUCUAGGACCGACUUAUCAUCUUUUUCUUUUCAUUUACCUUUCGCUGAUUAGUGUAUUAUGUCUCAGACUUGAAAAACAUUAAUAAAGAUAAUGAUAAUCAAACUGAAAACUCCAAGUCAUUUUUAAUAAAAGAUUCCCUGCUUACACUCUUAUCCCUUAAAUCAACUUCGGUCAAGAAGACAAUCGUACCGCUAAUCCAUAGUAAAAUCUAAACCUCAUUCGCCGUCCUUGGUUAUGAAUAAAGAAGCACCAUAGACUAAAAGAGCACACAACCAGCUAGAGAUCUACUUCCCAGGGAGAGACAUACUAGGCCAUAUGUCAGAGUUCUGUUAUGAGUUGAAGAGAUUUGACCACAACAAGGGUAACUGAGAAGCCUCAAGUGAAGGAGAAUCAUCAAGUGGGUGGAAUAAAUCAUGACUUGGAAUUGAAAAAAGGAAAUAAAGCCAUUGCUUUCUUUAUAAACUCUCUCUAUAUAUAUAAAUACAAAUAUGUUGCAAGUACAAUAAAGCCUAUGAUUUGGCAGCAUAAGCUUUGAUGAGUUGUACUAAUCUUGGGAUUUUUGAGGAGAGUGGAUGAUGCGGAGGAACAUUCCUACAACUCUUUAAAACUGGAGAAUGUAAAGAACAAAAGGACAGGAGCAGUGGUUGCAGCAAAUAAGAACAAACCCCACCAAUGCUUCUUCUCAGACAACCGGACAGCUUCUUUGAAGCCCUUGAAGACCAAACUCUACGGUAUGUAAUAAUCUCAUAUUCUUCUUCCUUUCUCCUCAUACUAGAAACAGCCACCACAUACACGAGACCCUUAAAGUUCUUUAUCAAAAAGACUAGUAGAAAGGUCCGUUCAAAUUAAAUACUGCAACACAAACAAACAGAGAGGCUGGGAUGUUCUCUGGUUCUUGAAGCCUUGCACAAUAGCCAACUAAACUUAACUCUUUCUAUAUUGAUCAAGAUGAUGAUGAUCUUGUUCAGCUUCUCAACACGUAAUUCAUGAGAAAAUUUGAAUCUCAAUUACAAUAAAUUUGUUUUAAAAAAAGAGAGAGAGAGAGACACUCAACAAAUCCAUCUCUAAUUAUUAAAAAAAAUCAAGAACAAAGAACUCUUUAAGUCUCUCUAUCCUCAUCAUCAUCAUCUUGAAUUAUCCCAAAUCGUGAUCAAGGAAGUAAACAUGAGAAUAUAUACAGA